UGGGAGACCGAAUCGACCUUUCCUUUUUUCCCACCACUGGGCCCGCGUGAUGACUCAGACUAUGAUCUCAGUCUUGGUGGCCUGCCUGGCUACUUUGAACAUUCAUUCCUGGGCAUGAUGGACUUCAUUGCCAACGCUGCCGCCUCACAUGCUGCCGUGGACAACGCCGCUGCCGCCGCUGCUCGCACAGCGCUCCUUAACCUUCGCUUGCAGCGCAUGCCAUACCCAGAGUAUUCUGACGACGGCUUCAUCUACGCCAUUCAAUUUGGCCUUCCGCUCUUUCUCAUGCUAGCCCUUAUCUUCACCUCGGUCACCGUCGUCCGCAAUCUCGUGCAUGAGAAGGAGCGCCGCCUCAAGGAGAGCAUGAAAAUGAUGGGCCUGCGCAACUGGAUCCAUUGGACGGCCUGGUUCAUCCAAGCCUUUGCUUUCCUCUUCAUCUCCGUCUUUCUUUGCACCUUCAUCAUGAAGUUUUCCAACGUGCUGGCCAACAGCGACCCCUCCGUCGUGCUCGUCUUCUUCACGCUCUUUGCCCUCGCCACCAUCUCCCUCUGCUUCCUCAUCUCCACCCUCUUCACCUCUGCCGCCACAGGUGCCGCCGCUGGUGGCAUCAUCUGGUUCGGCACCUACGUGCCCUACAUGUUCGUGUCCCCUCGCUACCAGACACUCACGGUCGCGGCCAAGACCGGGUGGUGCACCAUCUCCACCACGGGCAUGGCCAUUGGUGCGAACCUUCUUAGCCAGUUUGAGGCCCAGGGUGACGGUGUGCAGUGGAGCAACAUUCACAAGCCCGUAUCCGUGGAUGAUCCCUUCACCUUUGCCACCGUCAUGGGCAUGUUCAUCGUCGAUGCCCUCAUCUACCUGGUUCUCACAUGGUACAUUGAGAACGUCUUCCCAGGCCAAUAUGGCAUCCCCAAGCCUUGGUACUUCUUUGUCCAGUCCCAGUACUGGUUUCCGCAGCACCGUGCUGAAGAAGCCCCUUUGCUCAACUCGGACAUCGCCAAGGUGGUCAGUCGUGAUGACCGCAACUUUGAAAACGAUCCCCUGGAUGCGCAUGCUGGUAUUCGCAUCCAAAAUCUGCGCAAGGUCUUUGGUGACAAGGUGGCCGUCAACGGCACCACCCUCAACAUGUUUGAAGGACAAAUUACUGCCCUCCUGGGCCACAACGGUGCCGGCAAAACUACGACGAUGAGCGUCCUUACUGGUUUAUAUCCCCCCACAGCGGGCAGCGCCGUUGUCAACGGCUUUGACAUUCGCCAAGACAUUGAUGGCGUUCGAGGAUCGCUGGGUAUUUGUCCGCAACACGAUAUCCUGUUCGACACAUUGACCGUUGAGGAGCACCUGCGCUUUUUCUGCAAGCUCAAGGGUGUGCCCGAGCCUGAAAUUCAAGGCCACGUCGAUGAGAUGAUCGAUGCACUCAAGCUCCCCGACAAGCGUCAUGCCCAAAGCUCUACCCUUUCUGGUGGCAUGAAGCGCAAGCUCUCCUGUGCCAUUGCCUUGAUUGGUGGAUCAAAGGUGGUCAUCUUGGAUGAGCCUACCUCAGGCAUGGACCCGGCGGCACGACGCGCCACCUGGGAUUUGCUCACCCGCUUCAAGGAAGGUCGCACCAUGCUCCUCAGUACUCACUUUCUUGAUGAAGCCGACCUGCUGGGAGACCGCGUUGCCAUCAUGUCGGCAGGCCAUGUCGUGUGCUGCGGAAGCUCCAUGUUUCUCAAGUCACGCUUUGGCCGUGGCUACCACAUGACAGUGGUCAAGGGUGAUAAUUUCGACACCAAGCGCGUUCAGAAGGCAAUCAAAAAGCACGUCCCCGAUGUGGAGCUGGAAGGCGAUCUUGGUGCCGACACGUCUUUUAUUCUACCCCGCUCGGCAGCCGAAAGCUUCCCGGCCAUGUUUGAGGACCUCGAUGCACAGCAAAAAGAAUUGGGCAUCAUGAGCUAUGGCAUCUCCAUCACUACCAUGGAAGAGGUCUUUCUCAAGGUCGGCGAAUUGAGCGAUGAUUCCGAGAAGAUUGAUAUUCAACAGCGCAUUGAGGAGCGCCGCCGCCAGCUUGCCGCGCUUCAAGAUGAAUCCUCCACAGACUACGAUGGCAACGACAAGGAUGCUCUCAUUGCCAUGCCGACGGGCAACUUUGACGUGCUCAACCGCGGCAUGGCCCUCAAAUUGCAGCAGCUCCGCGCCCUCUUCAUCAAGCGCCUCCUCCACUCCUCGCGCAACAAGUGGGCCAUCCUGACCCAGUUGCUGCUACCCAUGGCAUUCGUCUUUAUCGCUCUUCUUGUGGCCAAGACCAACCCGGGUGUAUCAGACAGCCCUGCUCGCCAGCUGUGGCAACUCGAUCAACACUACGACCAAGUCGACGUCUACUACACGGACCGCUCCAGCAGUGCUGCCGAUCCUACCGCCGAAUCGACCGCCUUGGCUAAAAUUUGGAACGCGCUUUUCACCGAAAAUACAGGGUUUAGCACCCUUCCGUUAACAGGCACUUGGAGCAACCUGAGUGGCUACAUCUUGGGCACGAUUGAUGGUCGGCCGCGUGAGCUAGCCCGCUACAACACCAUGGAUAUGUUUGCUUUCAACAGUGCCGAACUGACUGUCAUGUUCAAUGGUGCUGCCUACCACUCUCUCGCUGAGGCCUUUGGAAUGGCCCAGAACGCCGUCCUGCGCAUGACGUUGCAAAACCCCGAUCUGUCCCUUCGGGCCACCAAUGCGCCUUUGCCACGCAAUUCACUCGAGUUGGCUCAGGAUCAGGCUGACAGCAUGAUGGGCUUCUACAUUGCCUUUACCAUCGUCUUUGGCAUGGCUUUCCUUGCCUCCAGCUUCAUCCUGUUUCUUGUGACGGAGCGAUCCAACAAGGCAAAGCAUAUUCAGUUUGUGAGCGGCGUCGAUGUUGUCAGUUAUUGGCUGAGCUCGUACAUGUGGGACAUGGUCAACUUUAUGCUGCCUACGAUUGGCUGUCUGAUUCUCUUCCUCUGCUUCAACGUGGAGGAGUACUCCCAUGAGCGUCUGGCUUAUGUGCUGAUUCUUUUCAUUCUUUAUGGCCUGGCCGUGAUCCCCUCCAUGUACCUCUUCUCCUUCCUCUUCAGCCAGGCGGCGUUUGCCUAUGCCUUUAUGGUCAUUAUCAAUAUCGCCUCGGGCUUGGCUGCCAUGUUGACCGUCAGCAUCUUGGGCACGGUCGAUCCCGACACCGCAAAUCAGCUCAAAAAUGCGUUCCUAUUUUUGCCCAACUACUGCUUUGGCCAGGGCUUGUCAGACAUGUUCACCAACUAUCAAAACAUGGAGCAGUGCUGCAAUCUCAAAGCCAGUGCCAAUGUGGGCUCGGAGCCUUAUCAGCUCACCUGCCAAACCAACUACUGGUCGAUGGAAACGCCGGGUAUUGGCCGCUACGCGCUGUGCAUGGUAGUACAAGCCAUCGUCUAUUUCCUGUUGCUCCUGGCCAUUGAAGCACGUCUCUUCUCUUGCACUAGCAAGCGCACGGGCAAGGUGGCCCGGGACUCGCACCCUGAAGACGAGGACGUGGCCGCCGAACGCCGUGCCGUCGAAUCAAUUGUAUUAUCUCUGAACGACUCGGAUAACGUCCUGGUCAUCGAAGACAUGAGCAAAGUCUACUCGCGAAAGGGCGAGCGCAAGGUGGCUGUCAACCACAUGAAUUUGGCUGUCAAGCAAGGCAACUGCUUUGGGUUGCUGGGCGUCAAUGGCGCGGGCAAGACAACCACGUUCAAAAUGCUGACGGGUGAUGUGCCUCCCUCCGAGGGCACGGCAUUCAUCAAGGGCUUCGACAUUCAUAGCAAUAUGAGCGAGGCCCGCCGCCUCAUGGGCUACACGCCGCAGUUUGAUGGCCUGAUUGAGCUCAUGACUGGUCGCGAGCUUUUGACCAUGUAUGCUCGUCUACGCGGUGUACCAGAGAGCCGCAUUCCCUCGGUCGUGACCGAUCUCAUCAACGGCUUGAUGCUGGAAAAGUAUGCGGACAAGUAUUGUGGUACUUACUCUGGUGGCAACAAGCGCAAGCUGAGCACGGCUGUGGCUUUGUGUGGACCGAGCCCCCUCGUUCUCCUUGAUGAGCCUACGACAGGCAUGGACCCUGGUGCGCGCCGCUUCUUGUGGGAUGCGCUGCUUGAGGCCAUGAAGGGUGGCCGCUCGAUUGUGCUCACGAGCCACUCCAUGGAGGAGUGUGAGGCAUUGUGCACGCGUAUCGCCAUCAUGGUCAAUGGACGUUUCCGUUGCAUUGGCAGCCUGCAGCAUCUGAAGAACCGCUUUGGCCAGGGCUUGACUCUGGAAACCAAGAUGGACCCGUUGCGUGUCGAUGCGUUCAAAGACUUCCUGGGCAAAAAGUUCCCUCAGCGACGUCUCAAGGACGAGCACCAGGGCCUGCUCAAGUACGAGCUGCUCGGUGAAAAGUCGUGGCCUUUUGUCUUCAAAACUUUGGAGGAGGCCAAGAACGAAUUUGGUCUCGAGGACUACUCAGUGUCCCAGACGACCCUUGAGCAAGUGUUCUUAGAUCUGGUGAAGGAUCAGCAAGAGGACACGCUUCAGACUGGCGUUCACUGA